CUAUGAAUGAACCUUGAGAAGAACACUUUACCCUUUGCCUACGGUCUUCAAUGAAAGUACACAGCACUGACAAGAACAAGAAAUAAGUUGGAGAAAUUAUAUUUCCAGCUAAGAACCUGUGUGUUCAAGGAGGAAAGGUGGGAUUGUGGUGUAAAAAGAGGGCUUGGUAAAGAGGAAAGAAGAUUACAGCAAUACAAAGACCGAGAAGAGGAAAUCUUGUCCUGUUCAGGAGAACAUAUCUGUGAACAUCUGGUGUAAUAUUUGAAUUAUAAAUGUAAAAGAAUGGAAAAUCUCAAUUCCUUGUCAAAAUUACACACCGGGGAGAAGUUACAUACUUGUAUGGACUGUGGGAAAUGUUUCACUGGGAAAAGUUCUCUUACUAAACAUCAACGAACUCACACAGGUGAGAAGCCACAUAAUUGCAAGGAAUGUGGAAAGAGCUUCAGUCGGAGUUACAGUCUGCAUAUCCAUCAAAGGAACCACACAAGAGAGAAGCCACAUAAAUGUGUGGAAUGUGGAAAGAGCUUCAGUCGGAGUGGACAUCUGCAUACCCAUCAAAGAACCCACACAGGGAAGAAGCCACAUAAAUGCAUGGAAUGUGGAAAGAGCUUCAGUCAGAGUGGGAAUCUGCGUAUCCAUCAAAGGACUCACACAGGAGAGAAGCCACAUAAAUGCGUGAAAUGUGGAAACAGCUUUAGUAACAGUUCGGGUCUGCGUAUCCAUCAAAGGACCCACACAGGAGAGAAGCCACAUAAAUGUGUGGAAUGUGGAAAGAGCUUCAGUCGGAGUGGAAAUCUACGUAUUCAUCAAAGGACCCACACAGGGGUGAAGCCACAUAAAUGCAUGGAAUGUGGAAAGAGAUUCAGUCAGAGUGGGAAUCUUCGUUCCCAUCAAAGAUUCCACACGAGGGAGAAGCCACAUAAUUGCAAGGAAUGUGGAAAGAGCUUCAGUCGGAGUUACAGUCUGCAUAUCCAUCAAAGGACCCACACAGGAGAGAAGCCACAUAAAUGCAUGGGAUGUGGAAAGAGCUUCAGUAACAGUUUGGGUCUGCGUACCCAUCAAAUGACUCACACAGGAGAAAAGCCACAUAAAUGCAUGGACUGUGGAAAGUGCUUCAGUCAGAGUGGACAACUGCAUACCCAUCAAAGGACCCACACAGGAGAGAAGCCAUAUAAAUGCAUGGAAUGUGGAAAGAGCUUCAGUCGGAGUUACAGUCUGCGUGCCCAUCAGAGGACCCAUAUAGGGGAGAAGCCAUAUAAAUGCAUUGAAUGUGGAAAGAGCUUCAGUCAGAGUUCACAUCUGCGUACCCAUCAAAAGACCCACACAAGAGAGAAACCAUAUAAAUGUAUGGAAUGUGGAAAGGGCUUCAGUCACAGUUCAAGUCUGCGUACCCAUCAAAAGAGCCACACAGGAGAGAAACCACAUGACUGCAUGGAAUGUGGAAAGAGCUUCAGUCAGAGUGGACUUCUGCGUAUCCAUCAAAGAACCCACACAGGGGAGAAGCCACAUAAAUGCAUGGAAUGUGGAAAGAACUUCAGUCAGAGUUCACAUCUGCAUAUCCAUCAAAGAACCCACACAAGAGAGAAGCCACAUAAAUGCAUGGAAUGUGGAAAGAGCUUCAGUCAGAUUUCACAUCUGCAUAUCCAUCAAAAGACCCAUACAGGAGUGAAGCCACAUAAAUGCAUGGAAUGUGGAAAGAGCUUUAGUCGGAGUUACAGUCUGCGUGCCCAUCAGAGGACCCAUAUAGGGGAGAAGCCAUAUAAAUGCAUUGAAUGUGGAAAGAGCUUCAGUCAGAGUUCACAUCUGCGUACCCAUCAAAGGAUCCACACAAGAGAGAAACCAUAUAAAUGCAUGGAAUGUGGAAAGGGCUUCAGUCAGAGUGGACAUCUGCGUUACCAUCAAAGGAUCCACACAAGAGAGAAACCAUAUAAAUGCAUGGAAUGUGGAAAGGGCUUCAGUCACAGUGCGGGUCUGCGUAGCCAUCAAAGAACCCACACAGAGGAGAAAGCACAUAUCGUAUAUACCGACCAAAUAUAAGAGUAGGCACCUAAUUUUACCACAAAAAUUGGGAAGACUUAUUGACUUGAGUAUAGGCCGAGGGUGGGAAAUGCAGCAGCUAUUGGUAAAUUUCAAGAAUAAAAAUAAAAUAGAUACCAAUAAGCUUACAUGAAUAGAGGCUUCUAUAGGUUAGAUGUUCCUGAAUAAUUGCGUAAUACUGUAAUUUAAGA